CGGCGAGUAGACAGACAGAACUAAUACAUCACAUCGAGCGGCAGCUGCUGUAAACACACCGGGGGACCGUCAAAAACCCACCGUUUUGACCUUGCAGCUGAGCCGGGAAACUUACCGUCAACAUUGUUGGUUUAAAGAGAACGGAGUGACGUCACCAGGGUACUGAUGCUGCAGCUCCCCCUGGUGGUGACGGCUCAGGUGGAUCUGGUCCUGGUCCUGGUCUCCCUGCUGGGUUUGUGGACCAGACUGAGCCACCUCAGCUACCCCAAUGCUGUUGUGUUUGAUGAGGUGUAUUAUGGUCCAUUUGUUUCUCUCUACAUGAAGAGAGUUUUCUUCAUUGAUGACAGUGGGCCGCCACUUGGUCACAUGAUUCUGGCUCUUGGAGCAUACCUGGGAGGAUUUGAUGGAAACUUUGUGUGGAACAGAAUUGGAGCAGAGUAUCCCUGCAGUGUGAAUGUGUGGAGUCUGCGGCUACUGCCUGCUCUGUGUGGAGCUCUCUGUGUUCCUCUGGCGUACCUUUUGACUCUGGAGCUAAAGUUUUCUCACCUUUCGGCUCUGGGAGCUGCGCUGCUUUUGCUGCUGGAGAACUCCCUGAUUGUCCAAUCACGUUUCAUGUUACUGGAGUCAGUUCUCAUCUUCUUUGUGUUGCUAGCCUUCUUCUCUUACCUGCGUUUCCAUAAUGCUCCCAGCAGCUCCUGGCUCAGGUACAGCUGGCUGCUCCUCUGUGGAGCCUCCUGUGGUGCAGCAAUUGGGGUGAAGUAUAUGGGCGUGUUCUCCUACCUGCUGUUGCUGGGUGUGGCCUCUCUGCACACCUGGAACAUGAUUGGAGAUCGAACUGUCAGUCAUCUCAGUGUGUGUGUGCAGUGUGUGUGUAGAUUUGUGUGUCUGCUGGUUGUUCCUGUCCUGCUCUAUGUGUUCUGGUUUUAUGUUCACCUUGGUAUCCUGAACCGCAGUGGACCACAUGACCAGUUUAUGAGCUCCGCCUUUCAGGCAGGUCUGCAGGGUGGUCUCUCCAGGAUCACUCAGGGUCAACCUCUGGAAGUUGCCUUUGGCAGUCAAGUGACUUUAAGAAGCUCUACCUCACAGACAAUCCCCUGCUGGCUUCACUCACACAAAGCCAACUACCCAAUCAGGUAUGAAAAUGGACGGGGCAGCUCCCACCAGCAGCAGGUCACCUGUUAUCCCUUCAAAGAUAUCAACAACUGGUGGAUUGUCAAAAAUCCUGGCAGACAGGAGCUGGUGGUCGGCAGUCCUCCUCAAACUGUCCGUCAUGGUGAUAUCAUCCAGCUGGUUCAUGGGAUGACCUCACGCUACCUCAACAGUCAUGACGUAGCAGCUCCCAUGAGUCCUCAUCAUCAGGAAGUCUCAGGUUAUUUGGACUUCAAUGUUUCCAUGGCAGCUCAGAACUUGUGGAGAGUGGAUAUCACAAACAGGGAGGCUGAGUCAGAGGUGUGGAAAACGAUCCAGUCUGAGGUACAAUUGGUCCAUGUCAAUACCUCAGCUGUCCUCAAGCUCAGUGGCAUGUCUCUUCCAGACUGGGGUUUUCAUCAGCUGGAGGUUGUAGCAGAGAAACUGUUUAAGGCUCGCAGUUUGGGAUGGACAGUGGAGGAACAUCGAUAUGGAACAAGUCAGGAGCAGGAGGAAAGGGAGGUGGAGCUCCAUUCUCCAACUCACAUCGAUGUUGACAGAAAAAUUUCCUUCUGGGCAAAACUUUUAGAACUACAGUGGAAGAUGCUGACAGUGAAACAGGACGACUCCGAACAUAAAUACAGCUCCUCCCCCUCAGAGUGGAUCACCAUGGAAACCAACAUUGCAUACUGGCUCCACUCAUCCUCCAACGCUCAGAUUCAUCUUAUUGGUAACCCAGUGUCCUGGGGUGUGGCCAUUCUCAGCCUGUUGGCCUAUCAGCUGCUGGCAGCCGUUUACCUGCUGAGGAGGAGGCGGGGCUUCAAAGACCUACCUGACGGUGUGUGGAGUCAGUUUGUGUGUUUGGGCUGUGUGUGUGUUGGCGGCUGGUUGGUUAACUUUGUUCCCUUCCUGUUGAUGGAGAAAACACUCUUCCUGUAUCACUACCUGCCGGCCCUCUGCUACCUGUACCUGCUGGGCCCUGCCCUGCUCGAGCACACACACACUCAUCUGCUCAGCGUGACACACCGGCGAGCACUAGUUGUCUGUGCAUCAGCUGUGUUGUUUUCAGCCUUCCUGUCAUAUCGGACCUUCUGCCCUUUGACCUAUGGCAGCCCCGAGCUCUCAGCAAAUCAGCUGCAAAGACUUAAGUGGAAAACCACAUGGGACAUUCUGUACCGCCGACGCUAGAGAGAGAGAGAGAGAGAGAGAGAGAGACAGGUGGACAGAUAGAUGUCUCUCUAUGAGAAAGGGUGCAUUUGUUUUCCCAAUCAUGGUGAGGUGACUGAAAACCAAGAGGAAGAACCUGAAUGCACCAACAGGUGCCUCAUGUCAAAGUUAGAACAUCAGUUCUUGGACCUUACUGUGAAACCCCACCUGAUGGAGUAACAGAGAGGAUUGCCAGAAGACAGAUUCACAUCUGAAAUAAACACUAAACUGCUGCUGACAGACUUUAUGUGUGUUUUGAGUAAAAAGAAAAGGAGAAAGAAAAAGCUCAUGAAAUGUGAAACAUGUUUUUAUUCUGACAAUUUCUAAAGGACUGUGUGUAUCUAGGCAGAGAAAGAAGAGGGAGACUUUAAAUACUGUACACUUUCCAUAUGAGAAUAAAUAUUGUAGGUUUUCCAAUAAAAACCCAUCCGAGUCUGGAUUUCAUGACUGACGCGUUCCCAAAAA